AUGUCGACUACUACUACCUCUCCUCCAACGCCACCGUCAGUUAACACCGUUGGCAGUUCGCAAACUCUUCUAACCGAGGCACGGGAGUAUCUCGCCGACGUCGACCAUGCCGUCUUCAAGCACUUCCACAUCAUCAAGAGGAAGGAGGGGAAAGCUCAGCUGUACGAGUGCAAGUUCUGCAACAACGUCUUCACUGGUGCUGCCAUCCGAUGCGCGCAGCACUUCACGUCGUGGAAGGGGAUGAAACGCCGUGAAGUGGCGCUUUGCAAGGAUGCGCCGCAAGAUGUGCGUCUGGCUAUGCGUGCGAAGUACGAGGCAGCGGCUGCCGCGGCCGAAGAAAAGAGGCGGGCUGCAGCUGCUGCGGUUGCCGCGGUGAAGGCCAACGGUGGGAAGCGGGCGCGCAUCACCGAUUACCUGGAGGGGGAUGCGGCUGCGCGAAAGAGAGUGGCGGACGAGGCACUUGCGCUUGCGUGGGCCGCCCUCCACAUCCCCGAGCACCACAUUGACCAUCCUCUGAUGGUCAAUGCAAUCAACCUCGUCUCGCGCGCCGGCUGCGACUACGUCCCUCCCAAGAGGAAGUACGUCGGCGGUGCUGGCCUUGUCGCGUGCCGCGAAGGAAUCGAGCAGGGAUUGGUGGGCAUUAAGGCGAGCUGGAAGAGGACGGGCGUGACGGUUUCGUCCGACAUGAUGACGGACCGCAACGGCAGACCGCAGGCGAAUGUGCUUCUCGUGAAUGAUUCUGGCGCCGUCUUCACCGACUGUGUUGACUGCCACAUGGAGAAGAAAACAGGAGGUUACGUGGCGGGGAUUCUUAGGCCGGUGGUGGAGGAGGUGGGGCCGGAGAACGUUGUGGCCUUCUGCAUGGACGGGGGGUCGAACUAUGUGGUGGCGGUGAAGGAACUCAUAAAGGAGUGGCCGCACAUUCACGAUGUGCCGUGCGCCACCCACGUAAUGGACCUUCUCAUGGAAGAUGUGGGGAAGAUGGGAUGGGCUAAGAAGGUCGUCGGUAAGGGAGGGGAGUUAUCAAGCUUCUGCCGCAACCACCAUUGGACCCGAGGGUACCUGCGUACGGCGGAUUUGGUGGAGGGGAAGGUUCUGCAGGCGCUGAAGCCGGCUGGAACCAGAUUCGGGACCAAUUACAUAGUCAUCUCCCGCCUAUGUAAGUUGCGCGCCAGCCUUACCAGCAUGGUGCUGAGCGACCUGUGGAAGGAAUGGGCGGUAGGGGACAGGAAGCCAGCAUGCGAGAAGUUUAGUGCGGCGAUCCUUGAUGCCGCAUGGUGGAAGACGGCCGAAUUCUUCACUGCCCUCAUGAAGCUGCCCUUCAAGGCGAUGAGGCAGACGGACGGGGAUGCUGUGGGGAUGAUGGGGAAGAUGUACGAUGUGAUGCUGCAGUUGACGGAGGACAUGGGGGACAUGCUGGAUGAGGACGAGGAGCAGUUGAGCAGUGUCGAUAAGACUCAAAUCCGCCGCAUCCUCAAAAACAGGUGGGAUGGCAGCCUUGCAUGCGCCAUGCAUGUCGCUGGCCGCAUCCUGAACCCCGCCAAUCAGGAAGAAGACAUUUUCGGCACUGAUUCUGAGUGCACGAAAGUCUUCAAGGCUUUCAUUAGCCAGCAUGCCGAGUUCCUCGCGAGCCGCGGGGAUGGGGAGGAUGACGCGUGCGACAUCUUGCUUGCUCUGGGGGACGGGCUGAGAAUGUUCCUAGACAUGAAGGGUUCAUUUGGGAUGCCGGAGGCCGUGGCACAGAGGAAGCUGGUGAAAGAGGGAAAGUACAGCAUGGUGAAGUGGUGGCAGUGGAAUGGGACUGAUGCCCCCAAGCUGGCGGGGCUCGCCGUAAGGGUGCUGUCUCAGCCCGUGUCGGCCUCACCUUGUGAGCGUGGAUGGAUUGGGGCGGAGCCAGCGAUCCCGGCGGGAUACAAGGGGCUGGAAGACGAGACGAUGGGAGAGGAGGAGGAAGACGAAGACGACAUCCUCGAAGACGAGUACGAUAACUAG